AUGAAAAUACUCCAUGUGGUCUCGAUAAUUCCGUGAAGUGCUCGCUCUAUAUCGGCCCUGCCAUUUCGGAGGAGUUGUUCCCCGCACACAUCAAAAGCUUCAUCCACGCACAGUCACCGGCGGCUGGCCUUCCCACUCUGUCAGCCCUCACGGAGUCCUAGCACCACGCCCGCCAUGCCUCAACAAUUGAGCUCCAAGGAUUCUUCCUUGUUCCGUCAAGUUGUUCGCUUCUAUGAAAACAAGCAAUACAAGAAGGGCAUCAAAGCUGCAGAACAGAUUCUGCGCAAGACCCCCAACCAUGGUGACACGCAAGCGAUGAAGGCUCUGAUCAUGAGCAACCUCGGACAGCAGGAAGAGGCCUUCGUGCUGGCCAAGGAGGCACUCAAGAACGACAUGCGGUCGCAUGUCUGCUGGCACGUCUAUGGGUUACUCUACCGUCAAGACAAGAACUACGAAGAGGCCAUUAAAGCAUACCGAUUUGCCUUAAAGAUCGAGCCGGAGUCCCAACCGAUUCAGCGCGAUUUGGCCCUCCUCCAGAUGCAAAUGCGCGAUUAUCCAGGUUAUAUUCAGAGCCGGAGCGCUAUGCUGCAGGCUCGGCCGGGUAUCAGACAGAAUUGGACCGCUCUUGCUAUUGCACACCACCUGUCUGGCGAUCUGGAGGAGGCAGAGAAAGUGUUGACGACAUAUGAAGAGACUUUGAAGACCCCGCCGCCGCUCUCCGACAUGGAACAUUCCGAAGCCGUCCUCUACAAGAACACAAUCAUCGCCGAGUCGGGAAACCUUGAGCGGGCCCUCGAGCACUUGGAGUCGGUCGGUCACCGGAUCAGCGAUGUCCUCGCUGUGAUGGAGAUGAAGGCUGAUUACCUCCUGCGACUAGGACGGACCGAGGAAGCCGACGCAGCCUACACGGCGCUCAUUGAGCGGAACCCUGAAAACUCCGUGUACUACGAUGCGCUCAUCCGGGUAAAGGGUAUCCCUAAGGAUGACCACAAGGCACUGAAGGCCGUGUAUGAUUCCUGGGUGGACAAGAACCCUCGCGGUGACGCCCCUCGAAGGAUCCCGCUGGACUUCCUUGAAGGCGACGAUUUCAAGCAAGCCGCCGAUACCUAUCUUCAGCGUAUGCUUCGGAAGGGCGUUCCCUCUCUGUUUGCGAACAUCAAGACACUGUACGCCAACCCGUCCAAGCGGGACAUCGUACAGGAGCUUGUGGAAGGCUAUGCUUCUGGAAACGUUGAGCUUCAAUCCAACGGAUCUGCCGACAAGCAAGCAAACGGGGACAACAAAUACUUUGAGGCAUCAACCUACUACUUCCUUGCGCAGCACUACAACUACCAUCUCAGCCGUGAUCUGACGAAGGCUACGGAAUACGUGGAUAAGGCAAUCGAGUUGACCCCCAAGAGCGUGGAGUACCUGAUGACCAAGGCCAGGAUAUGGAAGCACCAAGGUGACCUGGGCAAGGCGGCUGAGACUAUGGAGCAGGCUCGUUUGUUGGACGAGAAGGACCGGUAUAUCAACUCCAAGGCUGCCAAGUACCAACUGCGCAAUGACGAGAACGACAAGGCGCUCGACAACAUGAGCAAAUUCACACGCAACGAGACCGUCGGCGGCGCCCUCGGAGACCUUCAUGAGAUGCAGUGCGUCUGGUACCUGACCGAGGAUGGCGAGUCCUAUCUCCGGCAGAAAAAGCUGGCUCUUGCUCUCAAGCGCUUCCACGCCGUCUAUAACAUCUUCGACGUCUGGCAGGAAGACCAGUUUGAUUUCCACAGCUUUUCUCUCCGCAAGGGUAUGAUCAGAGCGUAUGUCGACAUGGUCCGGUGGGAGGACCGUCUGCGUGACCAUCCUUUCUACUCCCGAGUGGCCAUUGAUGCUAUCAAGACCUACAUCCUCCUCCAUGACGAACCGGAUCUGGUCCACGGACCUAUACCCGCGAGCAGUCUUGAUGACCUUGAUGGUGCCGAGCGAAAGAAGGCCUUGAAGAAGGCAAAGAAGGAGCAGCUUCGUCUGGAGAAGAUCGAGGCCGAAAAGCGCGAAGCCCGCAAGGCGAACGCAAAGUCGGCCGACGGCGAGGUCAAGAAAGAGGAUCCCGACCCGCUUGGCAACAAACUCGUCCAGACACAAGACCCGCUCAAGGACGCCACCAAGUUUCUGACUCCCCUGCUGGAAUUCAACCCGCAGAACUUUGAAGCGCAAAGCCUCGGCUUCGAGGUCUACCUGAGACGGGGUAAAUUUGUCCCGGCACUCAAGUGUCUUGAAGCCGCUCAUUCCAUCGACGCUGCCAACCCUGCGUUACAGCAGCAGCUUGCGCGAUUCAAAAAGGCGCUUGAGACCCUUCCUGAGCCGCUGCCCGCGCAAGUAGCUGAGGUCGUCAACUCCGAAUUGGAGCAGCUCUCCUCGAAGCUCGUCAAGGCCUGAACCGGAACAAUUCCUUCUGUCCAACGGGCGCAUAGGGAGGUCCAGGAAAAACAAUUUCUAGAAUGCCUGUGCUCAAUUUAGGAUAGGAUGUAAGAUUAAAGAUACCACAGGAGGCGAUUAGUUAGAGGACCAACCUAGAGCUACAUAAAAAGAUAUGAC